AUGGAAUCAACUGAUUCAAUAAGUCGAUCAUCAUUAUUAUCAUCAAUUGGUGAAAAUUUAGAAAUAUUUUCUGUAAUUUGGCUUGAUUUAUCAACAAAUAAUAUCCAUGAAAAUAUCGAUAUUCAACAUCAACUUCGUUCAAUAAUAAAUUAUUUAAAACUUUUUGAAGAUAUUGAUGAUUGUGAACAAUAUAUCCGAUCAUUAUCAAAAGAUGAUCGAAUUGUUAUACUUACAAAUGAAAAUUUAGCUUUAGAUAUUACAUCACGUAUACAUCAACUUCGACGUAUUUCAUCAAUCUAUAUUUAUUCAAUAGAUAAUGAAAAAGAUUAUGAAUGGACAAAUCAAUAUAAAAAGAUUAAAUAUACGCAUAAUGAUCUGGAUGAAGUUGUUGCUCGAAUAAAAAUUGAUCAUAUAAAACGAAAAAAAUUAGAAGAACCAUUAAUUAUCAAUGUAUUUGAUACUAAUCAAUCCACUGAUCGUUUAUCAUCGAAUACAAAUACUCAAUUUCUUCAUUCACAAUUAUUAAUUCAUUUUUUACUUAAUACAAAAUUAACAAACGAACAAAUUAUUGAAAAUAAAAAAGAAUUAAUUGAUCUUUGUAAAACUGAAUAUCAAGAUAAUACAAGUCAAUUAAAAAUUUUACAUGAAUUUGAAUAUAAUUAUUUACCAUCAAAUGCAUUAUGGUGGUAUAAACUCGAUUCAUUUCUUUAUCAAUUUUUAUAUAAAUCAUUAAAUACAAUAAAUAUUGAUUUACUUUAUUUAUUACAAUUUUUUAUACAUGAUCUUAUACGACAAGUAAAACAAUAUCAAUCAUCAACAUUAACACGUGUCUAUCGAAGUUAUUUAAUAUCAAAUGAUGAAUUACAAUUAUUUGAAGAAUCUAUUGGAAAAUAUAUUUCAAUAAAUACAUUUUUUUCAGCAUUUAUUAAAUCUGACGAUGCAUUAAAUUAUUUUAAUGAUUAUGAACAAGAUAAUAAUGAUACCCUUAAAAAAUUAUUAUUUAAAAUUGAUGCUGAUCCACGUUUAAUGAAAACUAAACCAUUUGGAAAUAUAACUGUUCAUAGUCAAACAACUAAUGAAGAAGAAAUUUUAUUUUCAUUAGGAAGUAUUUUUCGUAUAACAAGUGUAAAUCGAGGUAAAAAUGAUAUUUAUACAAUACAUUUAACAUUAUGUAGUGAUGAUAAUUCACAUUUGAAAACUAUAUUUGAUCAUAUUAAACAUCAAUAUGGUGAAAAUGAUAUAAAUCUUCUUUCAUUUGGUAAUGCAUUAAGACGAAUGGGUAAAUUAGAUGAAGCUGAAAAAUGUUAUCAACGUUUACUUCAUGAUUCAACAUAUGAUCAAGAUAUCAUAAGUCGUACAUAUCAUCAUUUAGGUCGAUUAGCUGAAACAAAAGGUGACAAUGAUGUAAGUCUUGAGUAUUUACAUAAAGCAUUAGAUAUAAAAUUAAAAAUAAUGAAAUCAAAUGAUCCAAGUAUUGCACAAAGUUAUAAUUGUAUUGGAAUUGUACAUCAACAAAAAGGUGAACAAACAAAAGCACUUGAAGCAUUUCAUAAAGCAUUAACUAUAUGGAAACGUGCAUAUGGUAAAAAUCAUCCAAAUGUUGCUGGAUGUUACAAUAAUAUGGGUGUUGUUUUUAAACGAGAAAAAAGAUAUCCGGAAGCACUUGAAUCAUUUCAAAGAGCUUUAGCUAUACGUGCAAGACAUCCUUCUGCUAAUCAUCAUGAUUUAGCUGGAUCACAUAAUAACAUUGGUGCUGUUUAUGAACGUUUAGGUCAUCAUGAUCUUGCUGUUGAUCAUUAUAAUUUAGCGCUUAAUAUUAAAACAAAAUCUCUUCCACCACAACAUCCAUCAAUAGCAUCAACACUUGAAAAUAUGGGUUAUGUUUAUGAGAAUAGAAAAGCAUAUAUACAAGCAUUAUCAUAUCUUGAAAGAGCAGCUGCAAUCUAUCGUCAUUCAUUACCUCCGACACAUCAUGAUGUUAUGAAAAUUGAAGAAAGUAUUCGACGUGUAUCAUCAAAACUGCAAUAA